UAUCGUGUAGAAAAGAGGAUGUAGAGGGAGGGCAGGGAAGGGCGGGCGAGCCUCCGAGCGCCCAGUCGCUAGUCGACGCUCGCGUUGUACCGUCGUUGCGUUGUGCUAGAGGCGCCCAACCGAACUACAGUUUGCUGGGCCCGCGCGUAUAUUCUAACUUAGUGUGCGCGUGAAAAAUGUGAAAGCUUAUUUCCUAAAUAUUAAUUAAUAUCGCCUCCACGAUGCGGUGUAAAUUUGUUUUGAAUGUUUUUAAAUAUGUGUUUCUGACUGUAUUUGUUUUCUACUGCAACAAACUUGUGCAGGGCAGCCGACUGCACAGUGAUAAGAUCCCGAUUGGUGUGGUGUUUGACCAGAACACUGAAGAGAUUCAGAAUGCUUUCAAAUUUGCUAUGGUUCAGCACACCAGCCCUAAUCGCUCUCGACUCGACUUCCAGCUCUACGUAGACAUCAUCAACACUGCCGAUGCUUUCAAAUUGUCUAGACUCAUCUGCAACCAGUUUGCUCGUGGAGUUAUUGCCAUGCUGGGAGCCGUGACUCCGGAUUCGUUCGACACCCUGCAUUCUUACACCAACACGUUUCAAAUGCCGUUCGUUACGCCCUGGUUCCCUGAGAAGGUGAUCCCUCCAUCAUCAGGCUUGAUUGACUACGCAGUGAGCAUGCGCCCCGACUAUCACCGAGCAGUCAUCGACACGAUCACACAUUACGGAUGGAAGAAUGUGAUUUAUAUCUACGAUUCUCAUGAUGGUCUUCUGCGUCUACAACAGCUCUACCAGACCCUUCAACCCGGAAAGGCAACGUUCCGCAUAUCACACGUCAAACGCGUAUCAAACGAAACCGAAGUAGUCGCCUAUCUAAAAGCAAUCGAAAAAUUAGAUCGAUGGAGCAACAAAUACGUCGUUCUCGACUCAGCCACACAACUGGCAAAGGCAGCGCUAAUUUUGCACGUACGUGAUGUGCACUUGGGCCGACGGAACUACCAUUAUUUCUUAAGCGGACUGGUCAUGGAUGAUCGUUGGGAGAAAGAAGUGACGGAAUUUGGAGCUAUAAAUAUAACUGGCUUCCGCGUAUUGGACUGGUCACGAAAGGUGGUACGCGAUUUCAUUGACGUUUGGAGGAGAGAUUCUAUCUCGGCGCAGGCAGCUCUGAUGUACGACGCUGUCCAGGUACUAAUUGACGCCAUACUUCGUUUGCUGCGCAAAAAGCCCGAUAUAUUACGCUCCACCAUCAGACGCAACGCUAACCUUAACAACACCAGAAUUAUGGACUGCAAUCCUAAAGGCAAACUAACACCUUACGAGCACGGCGACAAGAUAUCUAGGAUGAUUAAAAAGACGGAGAUUGACGGGUUGACGGGCAAUAUAAGGUUCAAUGAAGAAGGACUUCGCAAGAACUUCAGCCUGCAAGUUAUGGAGUUAACCGUCGACGGUGAUCUCAUAAAGGUAGCGACUUGGAACGACAACACUGGGCUCACCCCCGUCGUCCCCAAGCUGGCGCCGCUCGCCGCACCGGGCACCUAUGACCGCAAUAAAACUUACAUUGUGACCACCAUCGAGGAGCCGCCGUAUAUAAUGCGCAACACUCCUGACAAUCCCGAAUUCAGGACUAACGAACCAUACAGGGGAUUUUGCGCAGACCUCACCAGAAUGAUAUCCGAUAAGUUGGAAAUCAAAUAUGAACUGAGACUUGUCAGAGAUGGAAAGUAUGGAAACGAGAACCCUAAAAUAGUAAGUGGCUGGGAUGGAAUGGUCGGAGAACUUGUGAGAAAGGAAGCAGAUCUAGCUAUAGCACCGCUGACCGUGACUUUGGAGCGCGAAUCAGUGAUCGACUUCAGCAAACCCUUCUUGUCCUUUGACCUUAAGCCAAAUAAGAAUGCCGCAAACAGCACAGGCGCCAUAUUUAGUUUCCUCAACCCAUUAUCAAUGGAAAUAUGGCUUUCCAUCCUCUGUAGUCUGUUUGCUGUGAGUGUGGUUUUAUUCCUGGUGUCAAGAUUCUCACCUUACGAAUGGCGCGUGGUAUCUUUCUCCGACUCACAAAACUCUGACCAUUCCGACGUAGGAUCGAGCAAGACCACCGUAGUCAACGAAUUUAGCUUUUGGAAUUCCAUGUGGUUUUCUCUGGGCUCUUUUAUGCAGCAAGGCAGCGACAUUACACCCAGGUCUGUCUCCGGGAGGAUCGUGGGUACCGUGUGGUGGUUUUUCACCCUCAUAGUAAUAUCUUCGUACACGGCUAAUCUGGCUUCAUAUCUCACACUGUCGCGUAUUACCGAACCUGGCCAGUCGUACAGUAAACUAGCCACGUGCCCUGAGGACGUUCCUGGCGCUCCAAGGACCAUUGCUUACCCUCAAGAUUCGGCCGUCGACGAGCAUGGCUGGCUUGCAUUCCUGACCGACCGCUCAUCGGCCUCUAAAAACAAGCCUUGCGAGAUGGUGGUGACCCUUUCUAACACUGGUUACAAAGAUUUUGCUGUCGGCAUGCCAAAAGGAUCCAAACUUCGGGAUGGCGUCAAUAUGGCUUUGCAAUCACUCAAGGACGAGGGUGAAUUUUCGAAGUUGGUUCGCAAGUGGUUUACUAAAUCGGAAUGCGAUGUGCCGGGCAAAGAAUCUCGAGGAACUGAGUUGACUUUAAGCCAAGUGGCGGGACUGUUCUACGUGUUGGUGGGAGGGCUGCUCGUGGCCUUGUGCGUUGCUCUGAUCGAAUUUUGCCAGCAUGGGCGAGCUGAAGCAGCCAGAGCUAAUGUACCGUUGAGAGCCGCUUUACGUGCUAAGGCUCGCCUGGCCUCCCGUGCCGAACGCAAGACCCCGACACACCGCGCCUCCUCGCAGCGCGAACAUGACCGGCUUGGAUGGAACGGCGGAGCUUUCGGUGGAUACUACUCGCCUGCUAACCAGAUCGGACAGGAGGAGACGGCGUUGCACGCCAGCUUCACGCAGGUCUGAUCCGCGGCCCGGGAGGCGACGACCCUUCGUCGGCCAUCCCACUCCAAGCAGAUGUCCAGCUCGGUCGACCUCUACCAGCUGUAAGCAACUCGGCAUACGAAAUGACUACCGCAUUCUAAAACGACCUCGGACUACUCGGCUAUUGCCAAUCAUACGGAUAUUCUAAUCUGUCCUUCAACGCGACAUUUACUAAAACUAACAACAAUUUGGGAGACUUCUUGGUAAACCCCUGAUUUGGGAAUAUUAUUAUAGUAGUAUGGAUGUAAAUAAAUCUAAAUAAAAUUAUAAGAAACUUGUACUACACAAGCACUUGUUACGUCUAUUACGUUUUGGAGGUUACUACUGAGCGAACGACACUGAACUGUUUUCUUUUCCAUUUCUCCUUCAAUUGUAGGAACUGGGUUUUACGUGAAUGAAAAGUCUGUAUUUUUCUUUACUUUCUUUUAAAAUUAUUAAAACGUGUCGUAUGUUUAAGUGAAUUUUACGUCGUUCACUAAACAAUUUGAUAAACUCUGGCAAAACAAACGAUUUUUAUCUAACGCAUCUGAUGAAAGAAUUAACCCUGUCCCCACCAUAAAACGUAAAAUUAUACUUAAACAUUUUUGAUUCAAUGUUACUACGAAACUCGGUUUCUUUUGAAAAAGCCUGGCGUUUUACUAUGUAGAUGAAAAUCAGGGUCUUAUAAUUACGUGUUUAGUAAGUAAAACUUUUUUAAUUAGGUGACAUAAUUUAAAAUCCUGUAAUUCUUAAAGUUAUACCAGGUAGUUAGAUAAAGAUAAACGUUAAUUAUGGCUAAGUUACCGCCGUGAGGGCGCGGCCAUGCCCGAGCCGUCGUAAUUAACGACUCCAUUUAACUGCAGAACCCACUAAAUAUUUGCGAAUUACGACGAUACGUUUUUGAUUGCCAUCGCUCCUAAUAGUGCUUACUAUUACGGUGCGUCAAUAUGGUUGAUGGGAAACAACCGCAUUGAAUGUUAAACCAAACAGCGGGCUCUCGCUUGCGGGUGAACCACUCUUGAAAAUCCUGUUUCGCGAGCACAGCGCUAACAAACGUUUGCAUUUGUUUUCAUAUUAUGCUGGCACUAAAUGUGCCACGGUCUAAAGUAACGGAUAUACAGACGGAAUGUAAGAGAAGACGGACUGAUAAUACUAUCUUUAUAAUUCUAAUGAAACUAUGAAAUAAACUGUCUCCUAUAACCAUUUUAGAUCAGGUAAUACUCACGUAGGUAAUAUUCAACUUCCAGUGGAGGUCCACAGCUGACGCAUGCAGCCGUGUUUGUAUUAGGUGUAUUAUUACCGUUUACAGCUUAACCGUGUGCAUCUCUGGGAGUUUUUACAUAAUUAAUUGAUGUGAAACUGGUAUUAGUGAUUAGCUAUUUAGCAGUUCCAGUGAACACACGUUGACAUGGAUUCGAUACGGCUAUUGCAGAUGGGUGGUUAUUACGACCGGCUGAUUCAUGUUUCGUGUUUAGCGCUCGACGCAUUACCGCAUUCUAUCCGACAUGUUUUAGUCAAAAUGCACGAGUACCCGCUGUCGGGCACUCGUAUAUCACUAGCAUUCUUGCCGUGAACAGCGUUCAUGGAAAUACUUAGUCUAUGUCAAUGUGUGCUUAAUGCAGCUUGACAUUUUAAACCUUUAGUAAUUAUAAGCACAACAUAAAUAUAAAAUGAGUAUCUAAUCUAUGGUUCAGGAUAAAAAAAAGUAGUUGAAGUAUCUACGUCUAUAUCACAUACCAAGUCACAGUAGAAUAAACACGUACCUAUAAAUGUCUAAAGAGAUAAACAUAGGUUAAGUUGCUGUGUGAUAAUGUUAUCAUUAGGUAGGUAAAUAGAACAAAUUCAAUGUGAAACCUCUUACACACGAUUAAUUGUGUAUAUCAAAAUUGUCAAUAGAUUUCGGAGUCGCUUUAGCCAGAAUAAUCCGUUUAUUCAUAUUGAAAACGUUAUUUAUAACUAUGUAUUGAUUAUAUCUAGACUCCGAAGAUAUUCAGAAAGCCAAUGUCUGUCUUAGUUUUCUUGUCCUAUUACGUAAUUGUUUUUAUUAAAAUAUUAAAUGUUGUUACCUAUAAAUUAAGAUAAUUAUCGCCAAAGGCACGAUGUAAGUCAUAUCAAAAAUAUACUUGACGUUCUAUUUAAAAACCAUGACUUUGUCUCCUAGUUUGAUUUUCUAGUCAUAUAAUAUUUAAGCAUUUUCUUUAUGUAUAGCUUUUUAAAUUAAUUACGCUUCCGUCCUUACGCUAUUUUGAUAAUUUAGUGAUACCAUUAGCUAAUACAUAACUUAGCGCUUUUACGAAAAUUAUCAUUUUCCGUACAGCCCUUAAAAGCUCUUAAAUAAACACAAUUAAAAUCUUAUUGAAUACUGUGCCAAAAGUCAACGAGCAAAUUGAAAUGAUUUCAAAAAGUUAAUAAAAUAAUGGGCGCUAUUAAUUGUAAAGCAAAUUAAAUAAAAUGUGCGGUUACAUCCGUCCGUCUGUGAAAGGCUGAACUCAACUACGGUACGGUGUAAAGCGCUUUUAAUUAAAAAUAAAUUGAAAAAGAUUCACCAUUUUAGCUAACAGCGGCCCGUUUUUAUUAUAAUACACACUUUGGAACGAUCCGGGCGGCUUCGCUAAAUCCCUUUUCAACAAAUCAUUAAACGCUACAUUUGCACCUUAUGUUCCAUGUUAAUACCAAGCUUUUUUACGAUUUGUCAUCCUUAACACUAAAUUCCAUUUCUAGUAAAAUAUAUAUAUAUUAUAGUAUUCUUCAAAUGACUGAUUUACAUAAUCGUUUCAUGAACGUAGUUUAGAUGUAAGGCAUAUUUCAGUAUGUUAAUCGUUAAUGUAAUCGAAUGUCUAAUUUAAAUGGAUCUGUCAAGUCACCUUGCAGGUAUUAGUCGUAAGUUUUAAGGCUCUUGUAAUCAUCUGUUGUGUGAUACUGUAUGGUACUGAAGUGGAUUUAAAUUGAAACUCAUAAGACUCACAGUGGAGAUGUUUCAACAAUGUUUUUAAGCAGGAGUGAAUUUAUUACCACCAAUAAGUGUCCAUCCAUAAAUUACGUCUCCUUACAAGAAAGUACGGUUGCUCCGUGUAACACUGUAAUGCAGACUGGUAUAGGAGCGACCCGUGAAGUAAUAACGUUUCGCGGCGAUAAACUGUUACCAAGCGCUGUGAUUAUGACAACUCUCUUAAUUAUGCAGGGAUUUAGUUGAGUUCGAAAUGGUACACAGAGUGGAAACUCACACAAACAAGCCUCCUCCGUAUAAAACAUAGUCGCGAGCUUAAGCAAACUAGUCACCUUUGAAUCACAUCUGUUUCUAUACAGAAUGACACAACAGUGCGCCUUUUGAAACCUAAAUACUGAUUUAGGUAUUAUUACAGCAGUAUUUAUAUAGUUGUCGUAACAUAAUUACUCUAUGUGAUGACUAUGUAACAUAAAUGUUUGUUAUAAUAAACUAU